AUAGAUAAAUACCUAUCAAGCGCUAUACUUGUGAUUUGAAGGAAGUCUUUCUCAGUCAAUGGGUUCGAGGGACACAUCUUAAUUGAUGUGUAUAAUAGAGUUCAGUUUAGGGCUUCAGAUAGAAGGGUGUGUGGUAUGUGGUAGCAGAUGCGAUAAUUAUGAGGUGAUCCAAUCCUUGAUUUGAAGAAAAAAACGCUUUUGAAAUUUAGACUUUUAAAGAAGUCUUUUGUCGGUAAAAAGGGAUCGUUUUUACAUCUGAGGGACUACGAAUUCUUCUGGACACAAUUCAAUGGACAUGAAUAGCAGAGUUAAGCUUAGGGCUUUAGAUGGUAGGGUUUACGAUGAUAGACAAGGUAAUUAGGUGGUCAAAAAUGUCAAAUCAAUGAAUGAGCAGGUAGAGAAUUUUUUUUAAUAGUGAAAUUAAUUCGAGGGGAAUUUGUCAGAAAAGAGAACUUUUUACUUAAACCUACUGAAUUGCCAAUGGGGGAGAACAUUAUGUUUUAUUCUAGAAGCACGAAGAUGGCAAGUUUAAUGACCCUGACAAAACGGGAAGCUGUAAUUUCUUCUAGCGUUAUAAAGGGAAGUAGACGAACAAGAGAGAGACGAUAUGCAUUUUGAUAGUUCGGAUUCAUCAUGCGAAGAAGGGAGACUUAAAAAUGUGCUUAGUAUGAGGUGGGAGAUAUGGCUUGGGGGAGGGUUGACUACCAAUCACCUCCAUAUGGGCCAAAUAUUGAUAAAGCUUUUGCAUGUAGAAAGAGUGUCAACUCUUGUUGCAUUUUAUGGAGAUAGGACCUAUGGUAGAUGAACUCAUUGCUUUUGAGCCUCACUAUGGUGGGUUAUUAAAGUAAACCAACACUAGGAUGAUGUUGCACGUAUGAUGCACACAUCAUUACUGUAAUUACUAUACCUUGAUUGCUUUGCAUUUAUUGUUACAACUCAAAGUUACCGCUCACUGGUAUCACUAGAGUACAUUAGGGGCGAGAAGGCACUUGACGACCCCGACGAAUUCGACCUUGGACUGAUCCGACUAGUGUAACUUAGUCUCCCUAUGCAUAUAAUUUGAAUAAGAUUUUGCUUUUAGUUUUGGGAUUGUUCUAUGGCUUUUUAGGAGUAAAAAUACCACAAUAUUUCGUUCCAAAGACAGAAAGUGCAUUCAAUUGCUAUUUUUUAUUUGGGUGGCACAUAGCUGUCAAAGGCGCACCUAGGCACAAGUCUAGCGCCUUGACUUAGCCUAGGCGAGGCGCCUUCAAUGAAGGGCAGCCAAGGCGCGCCUAGGCGAGAAAAGGUGCAAAGGCGAGAAAAAGGCACGCCUCUUUCACUUUUAAUCAUAGCCGUAGGAUCAAAGGUAGGUUAAACUAUUACCUUUACGCUUUCACUUCAGUCAUUCGUCUCCCAGUCGACCUUCUCUCUCAACAUCUCCGGUCGACCUCUCUCGACAUCUCCAGUGCGACAUCUCUAAUUGAUCGCUCUCAUUUCUCCUCUCUCGUGAUCUCUCUAUCAACCUUUUCAGCCUCUCUCAAUUCUCUCCCGAUCAUCUCCAAUCGAGUAGGGUUCUAAUAGAUGCACCUAUCAAGUGCUGAAGUUGUGAUUUGAAGGAAGUCUUUCCCAAUCGAAAUGGGGUCCGAGGGUAAUACAAAUUCGUCAGGGGACGUCUUAAUUGACAUGUAUAGUAGAGUUAAGCUAAAGGCUUCAGAUGGAAGGGUGUGUGGCAGUGGACGUGAUAAUUCAGCGGUAAGAAAUGUCAAAUUAAUGAACGUUCAGGGUAAGAAGAUUAUGGCUAACAAUGACGUCAAUUCAAGAGGAAUUAGUAACAAAAAGGAAUGUAUAGAUUUCGCGGUCAAACGCAAGGCAUUGGUACUUGGGGGCAAUAAUACAUUUCCUUCUAGAGUCACGAAGAAGGCACGUUUGACAAACCUGGCAAAGCAGGAAGCUGUGAUUUCCUCUAGAGACAUAAAGGGAAAUAGAGAAAGAAGAGAUGGUCAGGCAAAUAUAAAUGAUGAAGGAACUGCUCUUAAAAUAUUUGAUCCAUUAAAACAAGGUAGAAUGACGUAUUUGGGAUACAGACAUGAGGUGGGAGAUAUGGUUUGGGGAAGGGUUGAAUCACAUCCAUGGUGGCCGGGGCAAAUAUUUGAUGAAGCUUUUGCAUGUCCAUCGGUUUGUAAUACAAAGAAAAAGGGUCAUGUUUUGGUUGCAUUUUAUGGUGAUAACUCCUAUGGAUGGUUUGAACCAGGUGAACUUAUUCCUUUUGAUCCUCACUUCACUGAGAAAUCUAAGCAGAUUAACACCCAAGGAUUUUUAACUGCUGUUGGGGAGGCUAAGAAUGAAGUGAAUAAAAGAGCUGCACUGGGCUUGACUUGUUUUUGCCGGAACCCUAACAACUUUCGCACAACACCUGUUCAAGGGUUCUUAGAAGUGGAUGUGAGUGGUUAUGAAAAUGGCUGUGUCUAUCCAGUGAAGCAGAUUGAAAGGGCUAGAGACGGUUUCCAGCCAAUUAAGUCACUUUCUUUUCUGCAGAAAUUAGCAUUGAUGUCACAGAGUGGUAUGCAAAGAAACGUUGGAUGGAUGAAGAAUGUAGCUCGUUUGCUUGCUUAUCGGAGGGCUGUGUUUGAGGAGUUUGAUGAGACUUAUGCUCAGGCAUUUGGGGUACAGCCAGUACGCCCUGGAGGUUCACUGCUAGUUUUAAAGGACUCGCAAGAAGUACGGCCACAAGCUCCAUUAAGUGUUCAACGAGUAAUCAAGAAAACAAUUGCUCCAUUAAGGGUUCAACAAGUAAUCAAGAAAACAAUUGGUACUAGGUCCCCUAGAACUCCUCCAAGUAUUGUAGCUUUCAAGAAUGUGAGAGACCAUUCUUCUUCUUCUUCCAAACCUCCAAAGAAGAUGCCGAGUUCCAGAGAGAAGCCCAUUAAGAAGCCAAUAGCGUUGAAUGAGAUGAAGCCAUCUACUGGAGAAAAGAAAGCAACCAACCCGAUACCUUUAAAAGUUCAAGGUGAUGAGAAAAUGGUGGGUCCGACUGAACCAACAGUGGUGGUGAUGAAGUUCCCUCAUCAAUCACCACUGCCUUCGGUUUCCCAAAUGAGAGCAAAAUUUGCUCGUUUUGGCAACAUGAGGGUAAAUUACAGCUUGCCAGCCUCAAAAGUUUUGUCAAGCAAGCCGGUUGAGGAAGAAUCUCCCGGUGCUGUUCCAAAAUUAAGUUCAGGCCUAAAGAAGUCGACAAAUGAUGAAAAUGGGUCUAUUGAUAGUAUUAUCAAAGCUGUCAAUGCCAUUAACAAGAAAUAUUGCCAAGUGGAGGCGAGGAAAAACGAGAGCAAUCAAAGCACUAGUUCCACCACCAAUGGCGUCGACAUUUCCCGGCCAAUGUUGAUCCUUCUGAGGAAAUGCAGUUACAUUGUUGAUUUGGUGAAUUCAUAUGCAUAAUAUGCAUAUGGAGCAACACAUAGGUAACUUAUUUAUACACAGAUAUACCAAGAAAAAAGUUUCAUAGUUUUGUAGAGUUUAGAGAGCCUUUUGGCUUGAAAAACAAAGAAUACAGAGACAUCUAAUCUGUCCUUAGUUUUUAUUUUAUUUUCGGUUAUUCGGGUAGUCAUCUCAUAGCUGCUGCUGGACUUAACAUUUGCAAGUAGCCUUGUGAAAUUUGCUCUGAUGAGAUUUUUGUUGCUUUCAUUUUGAUGAGCAUGGCAUGGUAUAUAUCAUGCUUGUGUAA